AUGUCCUCUACAUCAAAAGUGCGUGUCAAAUUGACUAACGUCUUCAUCAUCAUCUGGAGAGGCACAUCCGGCAGCGACGAGAAGAUCUCCGCGACCAAGAUCCAGCCCUUGGACUCGGAGAUCAAAUCGAACCAGUCCCGCGACCAGAGCUCUCGCGUUGCCACUGGCACAAACCGAAGCAUCGAUCAGAGUCGGAUUGAUCCCCUAAGUGGAGCCGGCCAAUACCAGCACACUGCACCCCAUGCCGACUCUCAGGGCUCGGUCGAGCGAGCCGAGACGAUCCAGGGAAGCAAGAUCAAGCCUCCAGAAGGGAAGGGAAAUCAAGGGACAAGAAAGAACGCUGGCCUCGAUGACGAGACAGUGGACAUGGCCAGAAUCAAUUCAGUGGGUAGUGUCCGAGAAGAGCAGCCUCCAGCUUGA